CCCAAGGAAGAUCUCCAGCCGAAAUCCUACUGGCGAUUCCGCCACGAUGACUUCUUCCCGGAACCCUCCUUCCGCAGCUGGUCCGCCUACCGCUCCGCCCUCUCCCAAACCCCCCACCGCAUCUACGACCGCCUCGUCGGCCGCUCCACCGACGCCAACGAACUCGGCGAGGUCCGCCGCCGCAGUGAAAACGAUAUGCGACGCACUCUCACCUGGUGGGAUCUCACCUGGUUCGGCUUCGGCUCCGUCAUCGGCGCCGGAAUCUUCGUCCUCACCGGCCAAGAAGCCCACGAACACGCCGGCCCCGCCAUAAUCCUCUCCUACGUCAUCUCCGGCAUCUCCGCCAUGCUCUCCGUCUUCUGCUACACCGAAUUCGCCGUCGAAAUCCCCGUCGCCGGCGGCUCCUUCGCCUACCUCCGCGUCGAACUCGGCGAUUUCGCCGCCUUCAUCGCCGCCGCUAAUCUCAUCCUCGAAAACAUAAUCGGCGGAGCAGCCGUCUCUAGGGCUUGGACUUCCUAUCUCGCUACUCUGAUAAACAGACCCCCAAAUUCCCUAAGAAUACACACCAACCUCGCCAAGGAUUUCAAUCUGUUGGAUCCGAUCGCCGUCGUUGUGCUGUUCGUGACGGCGGCAGCGGCCAUGCUGAGCACCAAGAAGACGUCUUACUUCAACUGGGUGGCGUCGGCGAUUCACGUCGUGGUAAUAGCAUUUGUAAUAAUCGCCGGAUUUGCUCACGCGAAAACGGAGAACUUAUCGCCGUUUUUGCCUUUCGGAGUGGAGGGGGUUUUUCGCGCGGCGGCGAUAGUGUAUUUUGCGUACGGCGGGUUUGAUAAUAUCGCGACGAUGGCGGAGGAGACGAGAAAUCCGUCGCGAGAUAUUCCGUUGGGAUUACUCGGCUCUAUGUCGAUCAUCACUGUUAUCUAUUGCUUGAUGGCACUGGCGCUCAGUAUGAUGCAGAGGUAAUCUUGCAAUUUUUUUUUUACUUCAAAAAUUGAAAAAAUAUCUGCCAAAAUUUAUAUUAAAUUUA